UCAGUCAUCCUCGCAGUCAUUCUCGCAGUCAUCAGAAAAGUGUUUUCGUUUCGUUUCGCAAUUUUUACUAUGAUUUUGUAAAAUUCGAUGGUUUUAGUAUAUUUCUAAUCAUCCGCGACUGUUUAAGGAGUUUGUUUCCGUUGAAGUGGAAACUUUUACAUUCCAGUGGGAAACAUGAUUUCAUGGCAGGGUUCAGAUAAUAUCAGUGGAAUCAUUUUGAGUAGCUUUGUGAACAGGACUGGAGGAUUGCUUUUCUGCAGCAUCUACCGGAUGACGUUGCUUCUUGCGAAGUGUUGAGAAGUUUAUUUUUAAUUCUAGAUAAGUAAUUCGACAUCAGUAAGCAGAAAAUGCCGUGCGAAAGUUGUCACGCUCAAUUUGGUUUGAUUACGCGAAAAAAAUCCUGCUACGAAUGCCGACGAUUGUUCUGUCGGAAUUGCUUAGAAAAGCGCCAGGAACGGAUCCUGUGUCACAAUUGUUUAAUUUUUACGAAGCGUCCGCUUUCCAAUGUGGAUCUUGGUCAACUGAAGGUGAAAGAUUUGAUAUUCUUUCUUCAGUCGAAGCAUAUUUCCACCUCCGGUUGUGUGGAAAAGGAUGACCUGAUUAAUCUGGUGAUUGCUCAUGUAAAUUCCGGAGCAAGCAGCCCGCGAAGCCCGGUGGGUAGUGCAGGCAGCGGAAACGGUAGGACGUUUAAUGUAAGCUCAGCCUCAUCUACGGGUGGAAGCAGUGGUGGUGGUGUUGGCGGAAGGAGCAGUCAGUCUGGAGGUUCCUCGCGAUAUGGUAAUUUUUAUGCUGCCAGUGUGGAAAAUUGUACGAAUACGUAUGAUCAAAUUAGAAACACUUGCCAAAAUUUGUUUACGUCCAUCACCGAUAAGCUGGGCACCGAGGAAAAUCUACGUCAGCGGGGACAGGCAGGAGAGAAUGUUUCCCAACAGCCACGUUUCGGAAGCAACGAUGUAUACCGAGUGAAUUCUCGGCAAUCCAACAACGAUAGUAGCCAAGCGUCUGUUCCGGAAGCUACUGGAUCAGACGCUGGUCGUACAACCAUUGUACCAAAUGAAGGAAACUUCUCGUCGACCAAUGGUAAUACUAGCGGCGGUAGUGGCAUUACUAGCGGAGCAGAUUCGAGUAGCAAUACUUCAUCCGUUUCGUCCCCAGCUGGUCGGCAAGGAUCUACUGCAGCUCGGUUGGAAAACGUAAAUCUAUCACUAAGUGCUAGAAUUGAUAAUAUGCUCGCAUCAGAUGCAAAUCAGAAUGGCUGUGAAUGUUCGGAUGAUGAAGGUGAAUUCGACGAAAAGGAAGCGCCACAUAGAAAAGAUUCUGCCAAGUCAGAAGACAAUUUGAUCACAGCCGGCCCCAGCCAGAGUACAAUUGGUCAUAUGACGGUUCCUGAAUCGAAAACCGACACUUCCUCCUCCUCGUUUGACGAACUGAAUCAAGAAUGUAUCAAUUCUCUACCGGGACCACUAGUGGACGAUACGGCAGAUGCUGACCGUUGGCAGAUUGUCAAUUCCGUUUUGUCUGGUACUGUUACAAUGACCGAAACCACAGAUGUUCAAAAAUCUACAGAGAAACUUGUAGAAAUCCAUUCCCGUGUUGUUCCUUGCUCCAGUCAAAUUCAUAGGCGGCGAUCUGAUAGCUGUCUGAUUCUUGAGAUGAAACAAAUUGGACCCACGCCGACAAAUCCAGUUCAUGAACCGGUCUCGGCAGCUCAUUCUAGUCAAAGUCAAGCCACGGUGUACACAACCAACAAGUGCUUUAGGUGCGGUAAAAGACGAAGCAGUAUUCGAAAGCAACUGAAAAAGUUCCGCAAACAGCUGGAAACGGCAAGAGGAGCUUCGGAGAUGGCCAAACGACAACAGUUGGAAGCGUUCCUUAGCUACCUGGAGCGUCGAAGUAAGGGUUCUUUUGAGCUAACCGACAGCGAAUCCAUUACGGAGGAACCAAGCAGCAGUUUGGCGGAGAUAGAACCAAACGGAUCAAUCAGUGCGAGUAUUUCGGUGGUAUCACAGCUUCGAGCAGAGAACAUGCCAUCAGAUGAGAGUCGGUUACAUUUCAGCUAUCCGCAGGCGGAUGGGGACGAGGCUGAGAGCAUCAAUAUCUACUCGGCUGGCAAUCAAGAGUUGGCCAGCAAGAGUCACAUCAAACUAAGCGACAUUAAAGAAAGCGCUGAUUUGGACAUUCUUUCGGUCAAACAACUGAAGGAGAUUCUGAUGCUGAACCGUGUCGAUUUUAAAGGUUGCUGCGAAAAGCCGGAGCUCCGUGAGCGCGUUCUCCGGCUUUGGCGAGAUUACAAGUCCAUUCCAUCUAUCGAAAAACUACCGUCGGAUGAUUUGUGUAAAAUUUGUAUGGAUGCACCAAUCGAGUGCGUGAUCCUGGAGUGUGGUCACAUGACCACGUGCACGGCUUGCGGUAAGGUGCUCAGCGAGUGUCCCAUUUGCCGACAGUAUAUUGUACGAGUUGUUCGGUUCUUCCGGGCGUAACGGACCCGCCAUGUAAGUGUGGUACGUAUCGUUCUCUGGUCCGUCACUAGUCCGGGGGAAUCGAAAAUUUGCUCACAUCAGCGGACAAGUCAGAGAUUUAGGCUGAUUAAGGGAAAAUGUGAUUUAUGAACUAAAAGUGUUUGCAACAGUAGUACUACAACAAUAAAAAGAAAUAUAUAAGGGCGAGUUGCCUCUGACCGUGGUAGCAAUGAAAUAGUAGACCGAUUUCAACUUUAAAAAGUUGCAUGUAAAAUGUUGUAGAUAGCAAAAGAUGUGAACGACAAUUGAUUUUAAUGUUGACCCUACUUAUCUGAAUAUGGUUUAACUUCCUCGAGUAUGUUUAUUUUUUUAAUAUUCCUCAGAGAACUGCGUUAUAUUUAGAAUAAAAAAAACACUUAUCUUUAGGAAAUGAAAACUAAAUUUGUUUUUGAUGUUAUUUAUGAACAAAAUUAAUUUUGAAACUAUUAUGACGAUGCUACCUAAUGGCCUAACAGGCGGUAAUAGCAUUACUAUUGACUAUCCUCAAAUAUAAAUAAAAAUAGUAACGUUUCUGAUACUUCCAAUGUAUGAUAACUAGAUUCGUGAUUACAAAACGGUUGCUAAUUGCAAACAUUUCCGAGUUUUCCAAGCUACAAUUCAAAGUAUGUAAUGUUCAACAAAUUGAAUAAAAUGUACAAACGCA